GGGAGAGCGGACAGUCACCCCGAGGCGCCGAAACCCGACCGAACAAGGAAGAAGGGAAUCCCGUCGGUGAAAGUCCGAAGAGGUAAGGAAAUCCUAGAACAGCAGGUCGGGGAGAUCGAGAGAGACCACCAUGUCGCCGCUUCGAUUCUUCGGCUCUCUCAUCGCAGCGAGGCUCUCCUCAUGCCGCGUCGGCUGUCAGGCCUUGGGAUCCGCGAGGCUCCUGCACAAGUCUAGGAACCUUGCUGACGGUGUGGGUGGAUCUGACUUCCCUGGCAGGUUACCCAUCGGUGAAUCGCAUGGUAGUGCUGUGACAGUGGGUGCCUUAUCUGUCUUGAUGGGAGGAAUGUGGUAUUUCAAAGAGGAUGCAGAGAAGCCAGCAGCCCUCAAGCAGAUUCAUCAUGAGGAGGCUCUGGAAGAGGAAACCAUUGAGGAGAAAGCGAUGAAGAAGAGGUUUGAGGACUGGAUGAUCAAGUACGGUUGCAUGUACCAGGACAAGGAAGAGAAGGCGAUGCGGUACGAGCUAUUCAAGCUCACUGCCAAGCAUGUGGACGAGAAUAACGCAAUGCCCGGCACUUUAUGCACUCUGGGAACAAAUCAGUUCGCCGACAGAACUGAGGAGGAGUUCAGUUGGAGUUGUGGAGGUCCUCGUUCUACUGUAUCCGGCAAAGAGAUCAUGCGACGCGGCUACCUGUAACUAACUAGAUGGUGGUGGUAUCCAUCAUCUUGAUUAAUGCCCGUAGUGUGCUAUGCUAUAGUUGUAUGUCAGGAAUUAACUGAUGGAUCUAUUUUGAGCAGCUUACUGUAAUUCUGAAUCUAUUUUUGGUAGUGAUCUUCAGUCCAAGAAGUUCAAAAGUACUUAUGAUA